UUCUACAUUGGUUGACUUGGGGAAGAAAACCACUGUGCAUCUUCGUUUGAAUUUCCAAUGGUCUUCUUCUGGUGCAGUGCUUCGCCUAACCAUUCAAGAAUUCAAUUACUUAAGCUUAAUCCUGGCUGAUUAUUGCAGUAUCAUAUUCAAAAACAAGAUUAAAGAUUAUCUUCAUUUUAGAGCUUUGAUCCAUAAUCAUAAUGAGAGCUGAAAAGGCAUCAGUCCCCAGGCCUAGAUGCUCUUAUCAUGUCUAUUUGAGUUAUAGAGGCCAAGAAAUCAGCAUGAACUUUAUCAAUAUCCUACACACUGCAUUGACUGAUGUAGGUAUUCAAACAUUCAAGAGACACAGUGAAUCUAGAAACGGAAAAAUUGUUGGAUCAGAAUUGCAAAAGGCAGUCAAGGAAUCGAGGAUUUCAAUAAUUGUAUUCACGGAAGAUUAUGGAUAUUCUAGAAGGUGCCUAGAUGAACUUGUGAGCAUCCUUGAAAGGAAGCAAAUCGCUGGUCAUAUGAUUCUACCUGUGUUCUAUCGUGUAGAUCCAUCCCAUGUUAGAAAGCAGAGGGGGUCGUUUGCGAAAGCAUUUCAUAAUUACGAAGAGCAGAUCAUGGUGGAGAAGGUUGAAAGAAGGAAUGAGCACAUAGCAAAGAUAAAGAUAUGGAGAUCAUCUCUUACAGAUGUUGCAAAUAUGGCAGGCAUAGUUCUAGAAGACGGGGAUGAACUGAAGUUUAUUCAAGAAAUUGUUGAGGACAUUUGGGGUAAGCUGUCUCGCAAAGUUUUGAGUUUCGCCCCAUAUCCUGUUGGAAUAUAUUCCCGUGUAAAAGAGGUUAAUUUCUGGUUACAAGAUAGCUCGACUAAUUCUCGCACAUUGAUGAUUUAUGGAGAACCUGGAAUAGGGAAAACAACAAUUGCCAAAGCUCUUUUUAACCUACAUUGUGACAGAUUUCAAUGCAGCAGUUUUCUUGGAGAUAUUCGAGAAAUUGCAAAACAUAGUUGUGGUUUGAUUAACCUACAGAAAAACCUUCUUUCAGAUCUUCUGAAAGAGGAUAAGAUUGAUCUUAAUGAUAUUGAUAGAGGAGCUUCUACAAUAAAAGACUUUUUAGUCCACAAAAAGUUUCUUCUUGUUCUUGAUGAUGUUGAUGAUUUAACCCAACUGAAAGCAAUUCUUGAUUCAAGAGAUUGGAUUCCUCCGGGGAGUAAAGUUAUUAUAACAACUACAAAUGAACACUUGCUAAACCCUCAUGAUGCUUGUCUGAUGUAUGAAAGCAAGAGGAUGGACAAUCAUGAGGCGCUCAAGCUCUUCAGCUUGCAUACUUUUGGUCAAGACCAUCCCGUCAAGGAGUACAUGACACACUCCAAGCAGAUAGUUAAACAUUGUCAAGGGCUUCCUUUAGCUCUUCAGGUUCUAGCCUCUUCGUUACAUGGUGGAAGUAUAGAUAUGUGGGAGGGUGCAAUAAAGAAAUUAGAAAGAUAUUCUGAAUCCCAUAACCAUAAAGUUCUUGAACUGAGCUAUGAAGCUUUGCCAGAUGAUCAUGAUAAAAAUGUAUUUCUUGAUAUUGCUUGCUUCUUUAUUGGGAAAGACAAAGAUUAUACAAUCAAAGUUCUGGAUGAAUGUGGUUUCCAUGCUACUGCUGAAAUACAGAAUCUCAUUGAUAGAUAUCUUCUGACAGUGACUCCUGAUAACAAGCUAAUGAUGCAUCAGCUACUACAGGAAAUGGGUAAAGAGGUCAUCUGCCGAGAAUCACCCAUUGAACCUGCUAAACGCAGCAGAAUCUGGCAUCACAAGGAUGCCCUUAGUAUACUGCAUGGAGAAACUGUUACAGAAUCUAUUGAAGGGCUUGUUCUUAAAAUGCGUGGAUCAGAUGAAAGCAAACCAGACAGACAUGAAUGUAUAUCAAAAAGACCUUACUUCAAUGAUUCACAGAGCACUUCAACAUUGACUCUCAAGAAAAAAUCAUCAAAGAGGCUUCGUGUAGGAUGCCUCACUUGUGGUCAUGGGAAUUCUGUUUCGGCAAGAUCACAGACUGUACAAAAUGAAGCUGGAAUGAGUGCUAAAGCAUUUUCUAAAAUGCAAGAAUUGAGAUAUCUUGAGCUUGAGAAUGUCCAGCUUUCUGGCAGCUUUGAAGGAUUUCCAAAGAAAUUAAGAUGGAUGCGCUGGUAUGGAUUCCAAUCAACAUCCUUCCCAAAUGGCUUUCCUCAUGAAAAUCUUGUAGUUCUUGAAAUGAGCAAUAGCAACUUGCAUCAAACCUGGGCGGGAGCAAAGUCUGUACGAUCAUUGAAGAUACUUGAUCUUGGUCACUCACACAGUCUCAUGAAGACCCCUGAUUUCUCUGGACUACCGAAUCUAGAAAGAGUGAUUCUUGAAGAUUGCAUAAGUUUGGUUAAGGUCCAUGAAUCCAUUGGAAGACUCCAUAAACUUCUUGUCUUAAAUCUGAAGGGAUGCGAGAGCCUUAAGAAGCUUCCAAGGAAAAUUUGGGAAAUCAAAUCCUUAGAAGAACUAACACUCUGUGGGUGCUCAAAGCUGGAGCUUUCCAGGAUUAUGAGAAAUGGUAAGUUUUUGCAAGCACUUACACGGGAUGUGACUGACAGAGAUCAAUUUCCCUCUAAGGCUGAAAAGCCAAUAUGCAGCGACUCUCUGUCGGCUAAAUCAGUCAAUUCAAUCUUCUGGUCUUGGAUGUCACUGUGGCCAAAGUCAGCAGGUUCGAUGUCAGAUAUCUUCCAGAUCACUUUACAAAGUUUGGAUAUUUCACAUAGCAAUCUGACUGACACUCUUAUUCCCUGCAAUCUUUCUGUCCUAUCCUCCUUGAAAUAUCUGAGUCUAAGAGGAAAUCCCAUUUCCACCCUGCCAGAGAGCCUGAAGAGCCUAACUAUGCUGCAGUCUCUUCAGUUAGCUGACUGCACAAGGCUCCAGUGGAUCCCUGAGCUUCCGUUGAGCUUACAAAUAUUGAAUGCACAUAACUGCAGAUCACUGAACAAAGUAACAAAUUUACCCAAUUUCAUGAGGUCACUUGACUUGCACUUAGAGAAUUGUGAAAAACUGGUUGAGGUUCAGGGAGUAUUCAAGCUAGAUCCUAUUGGAGACAUUGAUGAUAUCCUCAAUAUAUCUUGCCUAGAUAAUUUGGAGGUCAGAGCAGUAGAUGUGGAACUUUGCAACUAUCUAUCCUCAACAAAAAGCAAAGGUCCCGUUCAGGGACUGUAUGAAUUUGGUAUAAACAACAUUUACAUUCCUGGAGGCAAGGUUCCUACUGAGUUCAGCAAUAUUAGCACAGGGAGCUCAAUAGAUUUCACUGUGCCUCCACUUCCUAAUGCUAAGAUCCAAGGGUUAAAUAUAUGUGUCGCUUAUGCAGAAUGUCUUGAAGAGUGUUUCAGUGAAAGGCACUUCAUAAAAGUGAGCAAUAAGACCAAGGGAAUCAAAUGGAUUUAUGGUCCAACAGUUUUUGGAAUUGCAUGUCCUGGUAAACCAAUGCUAUGGUUUAGUCAUUGGAGGUUUGGUAACCAGCUAGAAAGAGGAGAUCAAGUUGUUGUUUCAUUAAGCAUGGGUUGCUUAGUUAAGGAAUUUGGCGUAUAUCUUGUAUGCAGCGAACAAAGUGAGGAAGAGGAAGACACCCCAUCUACGAAUGCAGAGGGACGUCUUCAUCCUUCUUCCUAUCCACUACAACAUGCAAUUGGUGGAGAUUUGUCUCCUUAUGAGCUAAGUUCAGGUGUCUAUCACCUCUCUAUUUAUUCUUGGCUCCGAACUCCUAUUUCCACCCAAAUAACUUUUGAAAUAACCCGUGAGUCUAUUUUGACCCGUAUAACUGUUGGCAUCCUCAACUUGUAUUGGGUCCAGACGGAAAAAUCAGAAAUCGUCGGAAGCCAUGGAUUCUCACCUUGCAGCAACAACAGGAAUGGCGAUUCUAUCAUAUUUCAGGCUUUGGUAGGUGCAGGCUGGCGUACGUUUAAGGAUGAUAAUGAGAUUGAGAGAGGGGAAAAUAUUAAGACAGAAUUAGAGAAUGCAAUUAGAAAUUCCAGGAGUUCAAUAAUUAUCCUCUCGAAGAACUAUGCUACUUCAACAUGGUGCCUUGAUGAACUUGUCAAAAUCCUUGAACAUAAGAGGACAAAAGGGCAUGCAAUUCUUCCUGUAUUCUACCAUGUGGAUCCUUCUGAAGUUAGAGAUCAGACAAAGAGUUUUGCAGAAGCAUUUUCGACAUAUGAGAGGCAAAUUGAAGCUGAAAGUGAUGAAGGAAAGAGGGAGUGGAUAGAUAAGGUCCAAAAAUGGAGAGCAGCUCUUGGAGAGGUUGCAGAUUUGGGUGGUGUUGUAGUAAACAAUCAAGAGGAUAGGAAGGAAUCAGAGUUCAUUGAAGAAAUUCUUCAACUCAUUGAGGAUAAGCUGAACCGGACAAUAUCGAGCGUUGCACCUUACCUGGUUGGGAUCAGUUCACGGGUCAAAAAUAUCGUUUCAUGGUUGCAAGAUGGAUCACAUGAUGAUAAUGUUAUUGCAAUUUGCGGGAUGAGCGGAAUUGGGAAGACAACUGUUGCCAAAUAUGUUUUCACUACAAACUUUAGAAGAUUUGAAGGUAGUAGUUUUCUUGCAAAUAUCCAAGAUAUUUCUCAGCAAAAUGAUGGCUUAAUUCGCUUACAAAAGCAGCUCCUUUAUGAUUUAACUGGGAAAAAGAGUAAAAUACAAGAUACUGAUGAAGGGAUCAUCAAGAUAAGAGAUGCUAUAUGUUUUAAAAGAGUUCUAGUUAUAUUGGAUGACAUUGAUCAACUAGAACAAAUUCAUGCUAUAAUUGGAAUGAAAAGUUGGUUCUGUCCAGGAAGUAAAAUAAUCAUAACAACUAAGAAUUCAUGUUUGCUUAAGGUUGAAGAAAUUCAAAAAGUCCAUAAAGUCAGGGAAAUGGGUAAUGAUGAAUCACUGGAGCUUUUCAGUUGGCAUUCCUUUGGGGAGGACCACCCAGCUGAUGACUACAUGGAACUAUCAAAAAGGGUGGUAAAGCAUUGUGGAGGGCUUCCUCUGGCACUUCAAGUUUUGGGUUCUUCUCUUCGUGGGAGAAGUAUCGAUGUAUGGAAGAGUGCAUUAGACAAGUUGGAAGCGAUUCCUGCAAGUCAGGUCAUUAAAAAACUAAAAUUUGGGUAUGACUCAUUAAAAGAUGAUCAUGAUAAGAAUUUGUUCCUUGACAUUGCCUGCUUCUUUACAAGGAAGGACAAAGAUUAUGUUAUUGCAGUGCUAGACGAAUCUUAUAUUUAUACAAGAGUUGGGAUUCAGAAUCUCACAGAUAGAUUCCUUUUGACGAUUGAGGGUAACAAGUUGAUAAUGCAUCAAAUGCUUCGGGAUAUGGGCAGAGAAAUAGUUCGUCAAGAAUCAUCUAAGAAGCCUGGGAGGCGUUCCCGGUUGUGGCACUACAAGGAUUCAUUCAAUGUAUUGAGAGAAAACAUGGGUUCAGAGACAAUUGAAGGUCUUUUCUUUGACAUGAAUAUGGUAAAGGAAGACCAAUCCUUCGUGGGAAGUUCUAGCAGUGGAAGAAAGUGGCUGCUUACAGAAGUUAAGAGUUAUCGGUUCGGUUUCUCCAGGCAUACAAACAAUUUUUCUUCAAAAACCUUAAAUGAGCUUGAACUGGGAACGAAUCUCUUUACAGUUAUGAACAAGCUAAGACUGCUUCAGAUAAAUUAUACACAUCUAAAUGGUUCUUAUAAAGAUUUUCCCAAGAAUCUGAGGUGGCUAUAUUGGAGAGGUUUUCCUUUGAAGUGUGUGCCAAAUGACUUUCCAUUGGAGAGCUUAUCUGUUCUUGACAUGCGGAACAGCUGUUUGGAAAGACUGUGGGAAGGAAGAAGAGUGCUUCCACUGGUAAAAAUUCUCAACCUCAGCCACUCUCAUUCUCUUUUUAGAACUCCUGAUUUUUCAGGACUCCCAAUGCUGGAGAAGCUUGUUCUCAAAGAAUGUGUCAAUCUAAUUGAGGUUCAUGAAUCCAUUGGAACCUUAGAGGCUCGGCUCAUUUUCUUAAAUAUCAAAAACUGCAAAAGACUUAAGAAGCUGCCCAGAGAGAUUUGCAAGCUAAAAGUUCUUAAAACCUUCAUAAUAUCUGGUUGCUCAAAUCUUGUAGAGUUACCUAGGGACUUGUGGAGGAUGCAAUCCUUGGAAGUGUUUCUUGCAAAUGAAAUUCCAAUGUGUCAAUUACCCUCUAAGAGAAAACAGAACUCAAUAUGGCAUGCACUUAUCCAGUCUUGGGUUCCGAAGCCGAGAAAAGUUCUACAUCUUCCAUGGGUUUCUUUACCAAAAUCUUUGGUUAAUUUAAGUCUAUCUGGGUGCAAUCUAUCUGACGUUGCUUUUCCAAGGGAUUUCAGUAAUUUAAUGUUGUUGCAGAACCUAGACCUCAGUAAAAAUCCAAUCAGUUGUCUUCCAGAUUGCGUCAGAACUCUGUCCAGGCUCAACAGUCUUGAAUUAGGUUCUUGUACAAUGCUUAAAUUACUCAUAGACCUACCUCGCAUCCACAAUUUGAGGUUGGGAUACUGCACUUCCCUAGAAAGAGUAACAUAUCUAUCAGAAGUGUGCCGUGCAGUAGUUUACCAUUUAAAUGGCUGUAAAGAACUCACUGAUAUGGAGGGAAACUUCAAGUUGGAAGCCAUGGGAGGAAUUGAGAUAGAAAAGAAGUCAUUGGAAUUAAGCAUGUGGGAUUCUGUCGGAAGCUCCGAAGUGAAAUUGUAUAACAAUUCAACUAAUACAGAAAGUAGAGGACCAGUAAAGGUGUUGUUUGAAAGGGGAAUGAUCAGCAUAUAUCUUCCGGGGAGCAAGGUUCCUAAUUGGUUUUGUUACAAGAGUGCUGGAGCAACUCUAUCUUUCGCUGUCCCUUCACCUCCUGAUCUCAAGAUCCAGGGCAUAACUGUGUGCUCAGUGUACACAAUUGACUGGAAAGUCUGGAUUGAGGGUAUUGAAUUUUAUUUGAUAAUCCAUAAUGAGCAGAAGAAUGUGAAACUGAUUUAUAGCCCGACUUGCUAUGGUCUUCCUGAAGCCCAAAACGAAAUGUUAUGGUUCACCCAUUUGAUAUUUCUGAGUCAGCUGGAUGCUGGUGACACCUUGAAUGUCUCAGUUGUUACUAUGGAGGGUUUUAGCAUCAAGGAAAUGGGUAUUCACUUAAUGCAUGAUGAGCAAGUAGACAUGGUUUUGAACUCAAACAGUCAUGAAAUGCAGAAAGAUUAUCCUUAUCAGGGGAUGACGCCUGCCAAACGUGAAGGGCUUGUAGAUUUAUACUGUUUUGGCCAUAUCGGGGCUGGAUUGGACUACAUUUUGCCAUAUAUACCUUGAGAUCCAUGAAUGAGAAUUCCUUGGUAGAGUCUGGAUUUAAAAUAUGACGUCUUAGCCAUCUCCCCAAGUAUAUCCUUUUCUCUUUUCUCAUUUAAAAUUUUAUUUAUCUAGAAAGAAAGAAUUAUUUGUGUGGAAUUCGGAUGACAAUCAGUCCUUUCAUCAUCUUAUUUGUUAUAUUUUCUAAUGAUUACAUUUCUCUAAUUUUGAAGAAAUGUGUUCUGAAAUACUCUUAUGAACUUGUAAUGAUUUUCUACUGCAUAGUUAUGCUACAUCCUAUGAAGGAACGGACUAAGGAGUAAGGAGAACUAAAGAAUUCUACACUUCAAUUGACACUCACUUCAAGUAUGAGGCGGGUACGGUGCAAAAUCGAUACGAGCUAAAGAAAUGCCUAGAGUGUUGGCAAGUUGUAAGCGUUCACAACAGUUUCAAGUUGAUUUGAACAAUUGUGUCAUGAAGUUAUGUCAACAACGUAACUGUUAAUGACUAAAUGUUACUACAGUA